CAGACUUCGAAGAAGUGGGCAAAAAGAAUUCAAGACGAGUGGAGAAUUCUGGAGAAAAAUUUGCCAGAUAGCAUAUAUGUGAGGGCCUAUGAGUCGAGGAUGGACCUAUUGAGGGCCGUAAUUGUUGGUGCAGACGGAACUCCUUACAGCGACGGUCUGUUUUUCUUUGAUAUCUCCUUCCCUGUUGAGUAUCCAAGUGUUCCUCCGGAAGUCCACUACCAUGUUGGUGGUCUCGACAUAAACCCAAACCUGUACUCAAACGGAUAUGUUUGCCUUAGCCUUCUUGGAACAUGGAGUGGUAGCCACAAUGAGAACUGGCAGCCUAGUUUUUCAAAUGUAUUGCAGGUUCUGCUUUCUAUACAAGCAUUGCUAUUGAAUGAAAAACCCUACUUUAACGAACCUAGUUAUGAAGACUUCAAGGGCACCCCUGAAGGUGAAAUCGAGUCCCUAGAGUACAAUGAGGAAAUAUUCCUUCUUUCCCUCAAGACAAUGGAUUAUUCAAUGAGGAGGCCACCAAAACAUUUCAAGGAUUUCGUGAAGGACCAUUUCCACAGCCGAGCGAAGGACAUCAUGGUGACGUGCAAAGCAUACAUGUCCGGUGCUCAAUUCGGGUGCUUGGUGAAGGGCGGAAUCCAGGAUCUCAACAGAGGAGCCAAGAGCUGCUCGCCAAACUUUACGGGCUCCUUACCUGCACACAUGGACAUGUUGGGAAACGUUUACCAAACUUGGAGUAAAAGAAUUAUGAAGGGGAUCUAUUUUAAACUUUUUUAA